ACAACCCGGUAGUAGAAAUAAAAAGUUCACUUCUUGCCAAAGCAUUCGAAGAUCGAAGUGAAAAUUGAGAUAUACAACUCUAUACAAUUCCAGCAUGCAAUGAUUGUGUAAAAUUAACGAUGAUUAAGUAAAUAAACGAAUGUGCCGUCGGGAUGGGAUUUUUCCAUGUAAUAUGGACGUUAUUUCUACCUUUCCUAUUUAUAUGUGUCUUAUUCUCUACAAAAUCGGGAACUGCAAUCGAACCGCCGGAACAAGUGUUUGAGGCCUGCUACGGAGUGACGGCUGACGACUUUUUGGAGCCGGUGUGUAAUAUCAGUGAAGUUCUGUAUAUAAGGGACGUAUUUACGUACGCCAAGCCGCAUUCCUACGGAUGUCCACAAGAAUCGACGCCGACCAAUCGGAACGACUCAUUCUGUUGUCGCUAUAACAACGACACCACAGACUGCGGUUGGCGCUAUUAUGGCGAAUCCUAUAAAGGCGUUCAUUAUACGAACUGUGUGGGAAGGUUGAAGUGCACCAUUCAGGUGGCGUGGAAUAGAACGGAACUGAACUGCGAUCCGCACAUUUACAUGUCCAAAAGUAACUACAUGAGGCAGUUUUACCAUUGCAUAAAAACUUCCUUGAUAUCGGACAUUUGCACAUCUUCAACAAAAACAGGAAAUGAAUUAUAUGUAUGGAAUGAUGGGUAUCCAGACACUAAUGGCGACUGCGCAACUUCCUCUGGAUGUGCAUGUUCCGUUUCUGCUACAAAAGGUUCAACUAUCCAGGUGGACCUCUUAGAUCUCCGUUUGUAUGAAGAUGGCGUCGGCACGUGUUACCAGCGGCUAGUGAUAUCUGAAGGAGGAUUGGAGACAUCCGUUGAUUGUGCUAAAAAGAACGAAUUCGCUUUGACGCCCAUCUACACGAGCCAGUCAGAUUUUUUCGACAUUCGAUUUGACAACACACAUUCAGGACAAAGUGGAAACUUUUGGAUAGCAUUGCGAGCGAUAGACAGUACUGCAACUCUGACCUUGACUUGUGGGAAUUCCUCCGCCGUGUAUUCCUGUGGGGAAUCCCUUCCAACUACACCAGCACCAACCAUUGUGACGUCACCAUCAAAUAGUUCUUCCACUUCAACAAAUAGUUCCUCAUCUUCAUCAAAUAGUUCUACUACGUCAUCUUCUACCUUGAUUGUCUUAACGACAGAUUUGACAUCAUCAGUUACGGCGCCAUUGUCUGCUGCUGCAAGCCAGUCCAAAGCUGAUGAAUCUGACAAGACCGCGCUGAUCGCCGGAAUAGCCGGGGGAGCCCUGCUCUUUGCAUUGCUGUCUCUGCUUGCUGGCUUUCUACGAUACAGGUUCCGGAAGAAUAAAGUCAGUGCAGAAGAUGAGUACACCAGCCAUUUUGGAACAUUGAGCGACGCCAACAACGUCGCUCCUAUAGGAUACCGACAGCUGACUGAGUGAAGCAAUGGCGCGCAAUCAGUUAGUGAAAGAUACUGUCACUGCUUCAAUAUCUAUUUGAUGAUCCAUUUUGUAUUGAAAUAAAUGGGUUUUUU